GAAAGAGGUGGUUGGGAAGAAUUACCUCCCUUGUGUGUCGGACAGAAAUGUCACAUGACUUUUACAUACAACAUGGCGCCGCCAGGACCACCCCCAGCUGAAGGCCCGGGGGAGAGCGGGGAUAGCCAGACUGUUGCGACACCUAUGACAAAUGGCCCAAGUGAACCAUCGGAAAUGGCGGGUAACCAGUUGUGGGAUCGACCAUGGACGAUUGAUGAGAUCCGAAAGGGAGCCGGGAACUGGUCUCUGGCAGGAGAUUCUGGGCUACUACACUUCCUUCAGGAGUUCUCACAGAGGAUGAUCUCACGAACUCAUGAGAUAGAGAAGGAAGUGGAUGGGCUGGUACACCAGGCUAAGAUGUCCAGUGUCAGGCUUGAUAAUGUUUUCAAUGACUUCAUUAUGCUGGCCAAUACCCAGUUUGUGGAAAACAGAGUUUAUGAUGAGGAUGUGAGCCAGGAGACAACGAAACAGGAGGAGAAGAAACCUGAGGAACAGGAGAAGACACGUGAACAGAGAGAAGCAGAGUUAAUACCAAAGGUAUCGGAAGCGCUGAACUACGGGAUUAAGGUAAUUGAUGACGCCUUUGAGACGCUGGAUGUGAACGCCAUGAACUCUGACUCUGAAGAUGAAGAUAUUCCGUACAGGGCAGAUCCCAUCAUGGAACCAAAAGACCCUUAUGUGACUCGACCUUUACCCCACAUCAUCGGCACACCUCUCUUCAUGCAGGAGGAUGAUGUAGGACUUAUUGAACCUUCAUCGGAUGUAGAAUCCGAGUCCCAUGGUAGCAUAAGUGAAAGUGAAAGUGAAAAGGAUCAACCAGAGGAGAGUUCUGAAGGAGAGUAUUCCGAAACAGACAGCGAGGGAGGAUCAAGCUCUGAGGCAGAGAAACCAUCCCGGCCUGUGAAACAGAAAGUGAUACAUUCCACAUCAUCUGAGGAGAGCGAUGGAGAAGGAGACUUGUUCGGAGGAAAAGUCUCGGACACAGAGACGGAUGAGGAGACGGGGCCUGAAGAGGCUAAACCUACCCAGAAACCUGGUGGACCAGUGGAUUUCACUUCGGAACUCGCUGCAAAGAUCGGGGUUGCUCCUAAACCACCUCUAGCACAGGAGAGUGACGAGAAUGCAAGUGAAGAGCAGGCUGUGGAGUCAAAAGCCAAAGCUAAGAAGGACAGGUCAGAAUCCAGUGUCAGCAAAGGGAAGAAGAAGCAUGAUCAUAAACGCAGAGAGAGAAGCAAAAGUAAGGUGAAAGCCAAGGAGAAACUGCCUCCGGAAGAAGAUGCUGAUCCGUUUGGAGCACCCCCUGAUGGAUUUGAGGAUGACAGUUCCCCGUUCGGAGGGAAAGGGCUGUUCUCAGCCAGUAAGGGCCUCUUUGAUGAUGACGAAGACUCUAGAGGUCUGUUCGAUGACAUAGACAAACCCAAACCAAAGACAGUGGAGAAUGCACCAGAGCCUGAGGAUGAAGAAGAGGAGCCCAUUAAAGAAGAGAGCAGACCAAGAACAACGGAGCGGGAAAAAGGUACCAGCCGGCGGAGUGUCCAUAUUUGGUGCGCACCCGCAAAGGCUUCUUCUAAUGGAGAGAAGGCCAAAUCAGCAGCCACCAAACCUGUGGACAGUUUGUUUGGUGAGGACGAAGAUGAUGACCUUUUUGGGAGUCGCAGUGUCAUUACCAGCUGGAGCUGUCUCUAUGUUGGAAAUGCUCCUAACCCACUGGCUGGCUGCGCUCAAAAGAAACUAGGGGAGGAUGAAGAUGAGAAGGCGGAGCCUGAGGAAGAAAAGUCGGGAAGCCUGAAAUCCUCGCACUCCUCCAACAGUUCCCUCAACACCUGUGGAAGCCGUGAAAAGGGGAGGUAAGCCAGCCCAUCCGGCUCCAGUAACAGCCUGUUUGCGGAUGAGCCAGAGGACGACCUGUUUUCCACCAAACCGCCGCCUGUCAUGUCUUUUUUACCUCGCUACGUAAUGUCAUCCAAACCGUUUUCUAAACUUUUGUCUAACUGGGCUGCAAAAACCAACAAAGGCAACAGCCGUUCUGGCAAAUCGGCGAAGAAGAAGCCAUCUUUAUUUGGGGAAGAUGAAGAAGAAGAUGUGGAUCUGUUUGGAGGUGGAGGAGCUAAAGAGCCAGCAGCGAAGAAAACUGCUAAACCCAUGGAGAAAAAGAUGGCAGCAAAAGACAGCUUGUUCAGCGAAAACAACUCUCCAGACGAUGACCUGUUUGGUUCCAUGACGGCCAAACCCAGGGCCGAUUCUGCACGUAAGAAACCCAUUGGAGGUGUGGCCUUGUUUGGAGGGCAGGACCUUUUUGGGAAGAAAGACAAGCCAUCAGAGGAACCAGCUGCAUCAAAGGAAAAACAGGUAACGCCUGAUAAAUCUGAAGUCAGUAAGCCUUCUCCGCGUAAGAAUACACUGUCAUUGUUUGACGAUGAGGAGGGAGAAGAUUUGUUUGGGGGAGGGGUUAAGACUGUUAACAAAGGUGGAGCUAAAGUGGACAAUGCCCCUGAGAGUAAAGACGUCAAAUCUGAGACAAAGUCGAGGACAAAGAGUAAGAGCCUGUUUGAGGAUGAGGAUGUGCUGUUUGGAGGACCACAGGAGGACAACCCAUCAGUCGAUUUAUUUGGGGACACACCACCAGUUACGCCUCAGAAGACUGCUAGCAAGCCCAAACUACCUACACCAUCAAAGCCACCUGGUGGCGGGGUUAGUCUUCAAGGGGCAACAACUACGUCAACUUCCUCAGAUCUCUUUGGUGUUGAUGACAAAGAUGAGGAUUUGUUUGGAGAAAAACCCAGAACGGAGUCACAGCCAAAGGUUAAAGAUGGGAAAAUAAAUCUUGACGAUGCAACAACAACAGAGACCAGUGAUGAGCCCGAGGAGAAAAAGGAGACAGAACCUCCGAAGCCAAAGAAACCCGCUGGUGCCGUGUCCAUGUUUGGAGGUGUUGACCCAUUUGCUGAGCUGAAGAAGAAACAACAAAAAACAGAAUCAGCGAAAGUUAAAGAUUCUCUGUUUGAUGACGAUACAGAGGAUGGGUCGCUCUUUGCAAAGCCUGCAGGAAAAAAGAAACCAGAACCAGCAGCAGAUGUGGAAGGGGGAUCCAAACCUGUGGCUGCCAAGCCGAAGAAACCAGCAGGGGCAGUGUCUAUGUUUGGAGGGGUGAAUCCACUAGACGGCCUCAAACCCAGGGCAGGAAGUAAACCAGAACAAAAAAACGAUGAACCAGGAGGAGAUCUGUUUGAGAAUUCUUCAAAAGGUGACAGUCUGAAGUCGCACGACACCAAGUCUGGGUCAGCCAGUCCCUCAGCACCCCGGGGAGGAGUGGGCAAGUUAAAGUCUAACCUUCUCAUUAACCCUGCUGCUUUGUUGCCGGGGGCAGCACCUCCUCAGAAGGAGGCGGAGCCUGUUGCUGUGGGAUUUGACCAACCAGCUGAGGUGGCAACUUUGCAUAGUGAAACCAAGGAUCGUGCAAAAAUAAUAUCGCGUCGUCGGCCACAGAGUAGGAAAGCUCGCAAGCAAGCUGCCUCCUCGUCUGAUGCUGGUUUUGGUGUGGAAGAAGCCAUCACUUCACCAGAAUCAAGCCCUUCUAGUCAAAGUGCGGGAUCGCCUGUGGUAAGAUCCAAGGGAGGUAAAUCUGCCCCAGUAACAGACUUGUUUGGGAAUGAUGACACGCUGGGAGAGUCAGCAAAUGUUACCAGCAAAAGUGAUCCAAUUCUGACUUUAGGAACGGAACAGAAAAACGUGGACACUUCUGAGGAUGACAUAUUCCAGAAGGACUUUACGCGAACAGGCGGCAAAAAAUUGCCUGCUGCCAUAACAGAAGAAGACGAUGACUUGUUUGGCACAGGAACGAAAAGUAACCUAUCAAAAGCUCCCACAAAGAAAGAAGACUCCAGUGUGUCUGUUCUGAAAAACGUGAGGACUGAUUUGUUUGCUGGUAUCCAAUCAAAGAGCAGUUCAGGACUUUCUGACAUCAACACAGACCCCGUGUUAGCCAAUGAGAAUUCCAAUACAAGUAAACUUGAUAACCAAACGCCCUCUGGUGUCGGUUCUAAGGGAGAUAAACCAGUAGAAAAAUCAAAGACAGUUUCAUUGCCGGAUGACGAAGACAUAUUUGCAGAUUCCAGUAUUAUGAAAAAGAAAGACCCCAAACCCAGCACGGACACUGAAGAUUUGUUUUCUGACAGUAUUUUGAACAAACCACCGCCAAAAGUAGAAGAAAAGUUUGGUGAUGAGGACAUUUUCUCAGCUCCAGUGAAGAAAGAGAAGAAAAAGAAGUCUGCAACAAAAGAUGAAGAUCUGUUCAAAGACGACACAGAUAUUUUUGCAGAUCUUCCGGCAUCAAAACCAAAAGAGAAGAAAAAGAAGAAAUCCGCAACAGCCAAGAAAUCUGUGUUCAAAGACGAUGUGGAUGACAUUUUUGCUGAUAGUGGAGCAUCAACAAAAAGCAAGAAAGACUCAGAGAAAAAGAAGAAAUCAACAUCCAAGAAGAAAGAAGAGAUUGAGGAUAUUUUUGAUGACCCCUUGAAUGCUGCUGCACCUUAGGUCAAAUUAAGAACUAAAUAGAGUCUAUGUUUUAAUUAUAAAAUAUGGAAACUGAUUGAUUUGUAUUAAUUAAGAAAACUUCAAAUCAGCAACUUCUAAAAUUGUUUGUCCACUAAGAGAUAUACGUAAUGAAGGCUGUGUUAUUUCCAUUGAGUAAAUUGAGACUCAGAGACUGGUGUGUAAAAAAAAAUCAAGUCAUUUUACUUGAAGAAUCCACUUAAAAAGUGUCCAGUUAAUUAGAACAAAUCCUCCUUUCCAAAUUAUGUUCCUAUUAUCCUUAAUCUUUAAUGCCUAUGGCAUUAAUAAUAAUUUCGGAAAUGAGAGCUUGGAAAAUAGUUUUUUUAAAAAAUGUGUUUGGUACAAGGUAAGUUUGUAACUGCUAUAUUAUUUUGACUUUGAUGGUCAGGGUGAAUUUCUUAUUGUUUUAUUUAAAAAAUCCUUAAAUUAGAAAAUGUAGGUAUUUUCCAAUUUAGGUGUGCAAUUAAGAUGAUGGUGUUACGUUUUGAAAUUGGUAAUGUACAGCCAGUUAUUCAUUUACUUGAUUUACAUUUUAGGCCGUUCUCACGAAUAUUUCAUUUAUAAUUCUGUUUCCAGUCGUACGUGGAAAGGUCUGCCAGCAACGUGCGGAUGGUCCCAUCAAAUAAAUAAAUAAAUAAAUAGACUUCUGUUCAUACGAGGAAAUUGGAUUCGGGGAAACCCACAACGAUCUGCAGGUUGCUGGCAGACCUUCUUACAUUUGGUUGCAUUGGAAGUCAGCUGCGCAGGACCUGGGACUAAUAUAACUGUCAUGUUAGUCCCGGGCUGGACACAUGCAUGCAGCGACCACAUAGGUGGGUUGUUUUUGUUGAAAAGAUUAUGGGUUCUGCAAUCCGACGUGUCAGAUGUACACGGUUGUCUUCUACCAUCUGUUGUUUGUUGUUGAUAGAGUACUGGUGAUGAAAUCAGUUUAACAUUACAUGUUGUCAAAGUGUUGAGACAGUCCGGUGUUAUGUAUAUGUUUUACAAUAGACAAGGAGACAAAUGAUGAAGGCGUUGUUACAUUAGCUCUGUUUAUGUAUGGAAAAGCUUACAAUUGCUGUUUGUGAUAAUACAAAAUUGAAAUUGGAAAACGCCGUUGAGGUGAACUGGUACUUUUUCUUGGGGUGGGAUGCAGUGUUUAAGAUCAGGAGCCUCUCGUUCAAAGCUGUCAUAGCGUAAGUUGAUUGUAAGUUCCAUGGCAACAUAUGUUUUUAACAUUUGUCGCCAAAUAAUCAACUUCGCCUACUGUCGCUUUGUGCAAGGGUCCCAGCAACUUGAAAUGUCUUCGAGAAAACUUGUGGUAGAUGUAUGGGCACAGUCAGAUCGAUGAAAACGUUCAAAAGCUUCAUCAACGAUUAACAGCUCGUACCUCAGUUUGUCAUUGAAAUUUAGGGUCUGCGCUGGACUUAAGGCAAGUGCUUGGUACAUGGUAUUACGGCCCGCUGCAUGUAGUACGUAUGAGAGAUUCUGGGUACUUUUCAAGCCGGUAUUCUGUCACCGCUAAUGGCACAUUCGUACAGUUACGUGUCCUAAGGUCUGUUUGAUAAGGUCUUUGUAAUACUCAGAUACUACUGAACAUAAUACUGUGAGAACUAUACAAUUAUCUGUAUAAACUGUUACAAACUGAACUGUUGUUACAAAAUUCCAAACAGGUUAUAUUCUUUACAUAUAUACUAUAUAUUCUGUAUAAAUUGUUGAUGAUUAAUAUAAAGAUAUAUAGGUACGCAUCGUACAUCUAUUGACUUGAAAAUAUAAAAACGAAGAUAUUCUAAUUA